AUGGCUUCCGUUGAGCCAAAGGGGUAUUCCGCUACCCAGGAGUCUCCCCGCGACUCUGAAAAGGGUAUGCAUGUGGCUGCACCAGGACAUGGCGACGUGCCAGCGAACUUCCGUGAGAGCGAUUUUAUGACACGGAAUGGCUUGAAUGCGAAGAGCUUCCAGAGACGUGACUGGGGAACCGGUACUCAUGAGCUGGACCGCUCGAUGAAGUCGCGACAUCUGAACAUGAUUGCCAUUGGAGGUUCCAUUGGUGCUGGAUUCUUCGUCGGAUCUGGAAGUGCAUUGACGCGUGGUGGUCCGGCCUCGCUGCUCCUCUGCUUCCUCAUCACCGGCGUGAUGAUCUUCAACGUCGUCUAUGCUCUCGGCGAACUCGCCGUCAUGUACCCGAUCUCUGGUGGCUUUUACACGUACUCGGUUCGCUUUAUUGACCCUUCGUGGGGUUUCGCCAUGGGCUGGAACUAUGUGUUCCAAUGGGUCAUUGUCCUGCCGCUCGAGUUGACCGUCUGCUCCUUCACGGUACAGUACUGGAAUAAAGACAUAUCGGUAGCAGUCUGGAUUACCAUAUUCUGGGUCUUCAUCAUCUUCAUCAACAUCUUCGGCACCCUGGGCUACGCGGAGGAAGAGUUCUUUUCUUCCGCAUUUAAGCUGGUCAUGACAGUCAUCUUCAUGGUGGUCGCGAUUGUCUUGAUCUGCGGCGGUGGUCCCUCAAGUGGCAUCUACGACGAAUACUGGGGCGCACGCCUGUGGUACAACCCAGGGGCCUUCCAGAACGGAUUCCGUGGCUUCUGCUCCGUCUUCGUCACCGCAGCGUUUGCGUUCGCCGGCACCGAGCUUGUGGGAUUGGCUGCCGCCGAAUCUGAAAACCCGAGCAAGAAUCUUCCCGGUGCCAUCAAGCAGGUCUUCUGGCGUAUCACGCUCUUCUACAUUCUCGGUCUCACCUUUGUUGGCCUUUUGGUCUCCUCCACCGAUGACCGACUCCUCAACGCCUCCAACCCGUACGCCGACGGCACCUCUCCAUUCGUGCUUGCUCCCCUGGACGCGGGCCUCAUCGGCUAUGACAGCGUCAUGAACGUGGUCAUUCUCGUCUCGGUCGUGUCCAUUGGCGUCUCCUGCGUGUAUGGCGGAUCCCGAACAUUGACCUCUCUGGCCCAACAAGGCUACGCGCCCAAGAUCUUCACAUACAUUGACCGGUCUGGUCGACCGCUGCCAUCCGUGACUUUAUGCCUGGCAUUCGGCGCCCUCGCUUACAUCGUGCUGGCCAGCCAGGGCAGCGUUGUGUUUGACUGGCUGCUCGCGCUAUCUGGUCUUGCCACCCUGUUCACAUGGGGGUCCAUCUGUGUCGCUCAUAUCCGCUUUCGCGCAGCCUGGGCGCACGCCGGGCGCACCCUUGACGAAAUCCCCUUCCAAGCGAUUGGCGGCGUGUACGGGUCGUGGCUCGGCCUGUUCCUCAUUUUCAUCGCGCUCGCGGCGCAGUUUUUCGUGGCUAUCGCGCCUCCCUUCACCACCGAGCUCGCGAGCGCCGAGGACUUUUUCAAGGCAUACCUGGCUUUGCCUGUCGUGCUGUUCUUCUGGGCGGUUGGAUAUCUGUGGAAGAGACAGGGGUUCUUGAGGCUCGACCAGAUCGACCUCGACACGGGACGGAGGGAACAUGACUGGGACACCAUCAAUGCUUACCGAGCUAGGCAGAGGACCUGGCCGUGGUGGAGGAAGGCGUUCAGCAUGGUCUUCUAG